ACUUAAUUGGUGAACCUAGAUUAAGCUGUCCUCUAGGAUAGAAAAAAAAAUGGCUGCAUCUGAAGUUGUAACCAUGAAGGGUCUCCAGCGGAGAGACGAGAAAAGGAAAAAGAAAAAGGAAGUGGUCGCUCUGGAACCUGUAGAGAAACAUAAUCUUCAGAGUCGAUGGGCACUAUGGUUCUUCAAAAAUGUCAAAAGCCAACCAUGGCAGUGUAACCUACGCCUUGUUACAACAUUCAACACUGUGGAAGACUUCUGGGCGCUCUAUACACAUAUCCAGCUUGCAAGUAAACUGUCCUCUGGCUGUGACUACUCCAUCUUUAAGGACGGCAUUGAGCCCAUGUGGGAGGACAGUCGGAACAAAAGGGGUGGAAGGUGGCUCAUCACUCUAUCAAAGCAGCAGAGACACAGUGACUUGGACUCCCUCUGGCUUGAGACUUUACUAUGUCUAAUUGGUGAAGCUUUUGAUGAAUACAAUGAAGAAGUCUGUGGUGCAGUAAUUAACAUUCGUGCAAAAGGAGAUAAAAUUGCACUCUGGACCAAAGAAACGGAGAAUAGAGAAGCUGUCACUUAUAUUGGCAAAGUGUACAAGGAAAGACUAGGCCUGUCUUCUAAGGUAGUCAUUGGUUAUCAGGCUCACGCAGACACUGCUACGAAGAGCAGCUCCCUGACCAAGAACAAAUUUGUGGUUUGAAAAUUCUGCAGCCAAUCUAUUUAUCUACUUGCACUUUUUUUCUUUUUGUGGUGAACAUGUGGAAGAGGGUCUUAAUGUAAAUAAAAUAUUAUACAGCUCA